AUGUGUAAAGGUUCCGGUUUCAAUGAUAAAGUGCAACCAAAGAUCUCGAAUACUAUCACACAAUCCUUCCAAUCAGAAGAAACGCUAAUAAUGACUAGGGAUGAUCAAAAAAUAGUCAAUAACACUGAGAAAAAUACAGUUGCCCUUUCCAAAAGUAUGCCCUGUGAACCCAAUUCCAGCAUUGAACCAUAUUCCAUCAUGUCAGAUCUCAAUAUGUAUUCAGAUCAAGAACCAAUCAUUUCACAUGAUAACAUUCAGAAUCGACAGAAUGAGCAAAUCGAGAUAACAUUAGUAAAAGAACCAGAUGUUUUAAUAAUGAAUAAGGAGUUAUCAAUAACAGCAACAACCCAGAAAAAUCAAGACAGAACCAAUAAAAUUGAGAAUAAUCAGGAAACAAAAAAAGAAUUAGCAAGGGAGUUCUCAGAAGAUCAAUAG